UCAAGAACAAGAACAAGAACCGGUUUACCAAAGACCCUUGAAGGGAAGAGGUCCUAACGUUGCCACUCAGUUUAACUGCAUUUAAAUUUGACCUUAAAUCUGAAACGAUAUUAACGUUAAAUGUCUAAAAUAGUUAUUGGCGCGGCACAGAAAUGCCAACAAAUACACUGUCCAGUGGUUUGAGACAUUAGGGAACUCGUGUAGCCUACACUACUAGGGACGACGCCAUCUUUCUUCCAAAUGUGUCCUUCUACUUAGUUUUCUGGUGUGGUGACGACUCUCAUCUAGUAUUAAGUCUUUACAUUUACCCAUGACUCCUCGCAUGACCUGUUCCUGGCCUUGGUGUGUAGCGCAGUGCUAGUUGUCAGCGUGUGCUGGCAUUAGGUCUUGGUUAACGUUAUCUAGCUGGUGCUCCUAUCCGACAAGUCGGCUGGUAAACUGGGAACCGUCACAGCGGAGCUGAGCCACAAUGCUGAAAUGUAGAACGGUAUGGAAAAAGCUUGCACCGCUAGCUAGAGCUCCGUCAACUGUGUGCCGGCAGAAUGUGAAAAGAGCAGGCUUGAACAAUGGCAGAACACCAGUACAUGUACCUGUGGCUCACAUGUCCACUGGGUUUGCAGGGGGAGGUUGGGAUAACCAGCUGUACAUCCUCCUGCUUGGAGCAACCUGCGUGGGUGGUGGAAUAUAUGUGUACAACCUUAUCAAGGAAGACCAACAAAGAUAUCAGAAUCGUAUGGCACAAAUUUUAUCCAGAUCAGAGAAGGCCGCUAUAGAAAAAACAGCUGUAUCCAUUCAGUCAGAGCUUUCAGAGGAACUGAGCCCUCCAGCUGAAGCAGUGGCCCCCGGUGAAACAACUGAACCGCCCCAAGUGGGCUCCACACCUGCUAAACCCAAGGUUCCUUCUCACGCCCCCUACCUCCUUAUUGGUGGAGGUACUGCAUCAUUCGCUGCUGCCCGGUCUAUUAGAGCCAGAGACCCCGGUGCAAAGGUGUUAAUUGUGACUGAUGAGCCAGACCUUCCAUACAUGAGACCGCCUCUUUCUAAGGAGCUGUGGUUCUCUGAUGACCCCAGUGUGACGGAAACGCUGCGUUUCAAACAGUGGAAUGGAAAGGAAAGAAGUAUCUAUUUCCAGCCACCGUCAUUCUACAUUAAUUCAGAAGAAAUGGAUAGUUCAGAAAAUGGGGGAGUGGCUGUUCUCACUGGCAAAAAGGUGGUUCACAUGGAUGUCAGGGGAAACAAAGUCAAACUGGAUGAUGACACUGAGAUUUCAUAUGACAAGUGUUUGAUUGCCACAGGUGGUGUGCCCAGAAAUCUGCAGGUCAUUGAAAGAGCAGGAGACGAGGUGGUGAAGAGGACAACUUUGUUCCGCAAGGUUGAGGACUUCAAAUCAUUGGACAAAGUGUCCAGAAACGUGAAGUCCAUCACAGUCAUUGGAGGUGGCUUUUUAGGCAGCGAGCUGGCCUGUGCCCUCGGCAGGAGAUCAGCUGAGUCUGGCCUGGAAGUGAUACAGAUGUUCCCCGAGAAGGGUAACAUGGGGAAAGUGCUGCCUGAGUACCUGAGCAACUGGACAACAGAAAAAGUCAAGAAAGAGGGUGUAAAAAUCAUUUCAGAAGCUUUGGUGAAGUCUGUGACCUACAAAGAUGAUAGAUUAGAAAUCAAACUGAAGGAUGGCCGAUUAGUGAAAACUGAUCACAUCAUUGCAGCUGUUGGCCUGGAGCCCAGUGUUGACCUUGCUAAGUCAGCAGGUCUGGAAGUGGACUCUGACUUUGGUGGCUAUCGGGUCAAUGCAGAGCUGCAAGCAAGGUCCAAUAUUUGGGUGGCAGGAGAUGCUGCAUGUUUCUAUGACAUCAGACUCGGCCGCAGACGAGUGGAGCACCACGAUCACGCCGUCGUAAGUGGUAGACUAGCAGGAGAGAACAUGACGGGAGCCAACAAACCAUACUGGCAUCAGUCUAUGUUCUGGAGCGACCUGGGACCAGAUGUAGGCUACGAGGCUAUCGGGAUCAUUGACAGCAGUCUACCAACAGUAGGAGUGUUUGCUAAAGCCACAGCUAAGGAUACGCCUAAAGCUGCUACAGAGCAGUCAGGAACUGGAAUUCGCUCUGAAAGUGAAACCGAGGACACAGCCAUCAGCCCAGUGGCCUCUCCAACGUCUGCUCCCACAGAGGAGCAGCACAAAGACGACUACGGCAAAGGGGUCAUCUUCUACCUGAGAGACAAAGUGGUCGUGGGUAUUAUCCUGUGGAAUGUGUUCAACAGAAUGCCUGUAGCAAGAAAGAUUAUCAAGGAUGGAGAGGAACAUGCAGAUCUGAACGAGGUGGCGAAGCUGUUCAACAUCCACGACGAUUAAGAUGGAGGGGAACUGGGCUUCAUGUGAAGUCUGAACUUUGGCAGCCAUUGCUACACUCUUUAAGAUAACUGAUCAGCAUAUAAAAUAGGAGGAUCGAUGUAAAUUAUGUCAUGUUACUGAUGUAUUUUCAUAUUUGGAAUUUGUAACUGCUGCGCCUGUUUUUGGUGUUUGGCUCUUUUUCUUUUUUUUUUCUUUUUUUUAAAUUCAGGACCGAUCACUCAUCUUCCUGCUACCACCACACUUGUAUGAUUGUCUACUUGCUUCCCCCACCAGGCUGAAAAUGCUGAGCAUGGACUGUUGUCUCCCUCUGUGUGAUCAGAACACCUUGUUGUGAGAAAAGCUGCAAUAAAAGCUAUUUUUAAAUCAGA